AAUGUGCAGGUGAUAUGCUGAUUCAUUACAAUGACGAGAAUCACGUAUGGUGGACUGAUAUGUUCUAUUUCCAUUAUUAUCAUGGGAAUGGUUAUACACUCUUGUGAUGGAAUCCUGAGUUUUCAUCGUCAAUGUGUUAGAUUCGUGAAGCUAAUUACAGCUUCCGCUACCCUCCGACUAUUUCAGUGUUUUCUGAUUAUUCAACACGUUAGAUUCAAAGUGAACUCAAUGGCCCCCUAUUUACGAUCAUCAAUAGGCUGUCUUCGUUCAGGAAGAAAGCGAUUACAUUCAGUGGCAUCAGUGUCUUUCAAUUCCGAGAGUCGGAAAAAGUUGAAGUCAGAAAUCAAACAGUCGCCCACACAUGGUCCUGUUCAUGAAUAUAUCAGUGGUGAAGAGUUUCUUCUCUGUCAGGAAGCAAGUAAAGUUGGAAGGAUGAAAGACAUUGAAGUUCAUUCAUUUAAAGAUACUUACAUUCAGGAGAAGACGAGCUUUGAAGGUGAUAGUGAAGGCAUCCAAGAUUUUGGAGGCCUUAAGAAAGCAGAUGAAGAAGAGUAUAGAGGAAAUACUCACACAAAUGCUUCAUUCAUCCUAAGUGGAGGGGAUACUGAGCUGAAUCGUGAAAUUGACGAUGUUGUAGGUGAACUGCGUGAUGUGAUUAUUAAUGAACUCGGUUUAGCUAUCCGAGAAUGUAAGAUCGUGACAGAGGCUCUUGCUAGAAACGGUUCUGAUGCAAAUCCUCUUGACAGCUACAGUGAUGUUACAGAUCCAGCAGAUUGUGCCAUGACCUUGGUUGUUCGAAAGGAUUGUAGUGAGGAAAUUACUUCAGUGAGAAGGAAGAGAGGAAAAAGGAAGCGUAAACUCCGAUUUACCCACAUUAAGAGACACUAUCUCAAGUAUAGGAAAAUGACUCUGAUUUUGAAAGAUGUUCCAGCACCAACAGCCAUGUCAGAUCAUAUGAAUAAUACUUUGAGGGGAGGUGAAAAUCAAUCAAAAAUUGUUGCAGAUGGCAACAGAAGAGAUUCCAAUGUGAAGACAACCAUUCAGAACGAUAUACCUGUCUUGACAAAUAGAAAUGAGAGGGAUGAAACAAUAAAUUACGAAGUUUACCGAUUUAAUUGGGACGAAGAUAUGAAGGUGGCUGAUUCUACACCAGAAGACGAGGAGAUGGAAGAUAUAUUCAGAGACUUGGCUCUUAUUCAACAAAAUGGAUGUCAGAAAAAGGCACUCCCUCAGAAGAACUCGACAAGUGAUAUUUGUAAGCACAAGAGGAGUUGGGAUGAUGAAAUAGGCUGGUUUUGUGAAAUCUGUGGGCUUGUGAUCCAGGACAUCCAAAGUAUUUUCAUUCCUGAGAUGCAUCUACCGACGAAACGCAAGGCUCCAUUCUCACGUCAGGAAUCUGAAGAUGAUGAUCACGGUAAUCUGGACACCAGUGGUGUGCUUGAAGGAGAACUUGCACACAUGGAGGGAUCACACAGACUGAAAUUAAGACUGCAUCCAUUUCAUGAAGAUGUGCUAAAAGAACACCAAAAAGAAGGCUUUGAUUUCCUUGUCAAGAAUCUCAUUGGUGGUCAUAUCAGCAAGGUAAAACCAGGAGGAUGCAUUCUUGCCCAUGCACCAGGAACAGGAAAGACAUUGCUAACGAUCAGUUUUAUACAAAGUUUUCUGACGGCUCUUCCUGGAGGCCGAGUUCUAAUUGUUGCACCGAAGAUUAUGCUCAGAAUCUGGCAGCGUGAGUUUGAACAUUGGAAUGCAGAGGAAAUUCCCGUUUACAACCUGAACGAAUGUAGAGGGACAGAACUUGCGACUGAAGAUAUGAAAAGGAGUAAGAGGAAUGCCGGAUAUUGUAUGAAAAAACUCAAACUCAUCAGAAAGUGGCUUGCAACGAGGAGUGUUUUAAUCAUCAGUUACAACCUCUUUGCUUCUUUGAUCACGUCCGGACUUAAGGAUGUGAAUAGAGGUUCCAUCAAGGAACAUAUAUGUCAGGGUUUACUAGAGGGACCUGAUCUUAUGGUCCUUGACGAAGGACACUUUCCAAGGACGAAAAGAACUAAGAUUUCAAGAGCUUUGAUGCUGGUUCGCACCGAGCGCAAGAUCCUUCUCUCUGGUACUCUCUUUCAGAACAAUUUCAAGGAGCUGUUCAAUCUCUUGAAGUUAAUCAGACACGACGUUUUGGCGUCUGUUCCUGAGUUCAGUCCCAGGUUGAAAACCCUGGAAGAGAAAAAAAGUGUUAAAAUUGCAGGAAAGUGGGGCGGACCUGUUCUCAAUGAUGCAGCAAAAGAAAUUAUCAUCAGCAGCAGCAUAAGGAGGGAGUGUGAAGAACAAAUUUUCAUGGAAGAUAUUGGCUUCAAAUUGGAUGAGUUUUUGAGAGGGGGUGAUGACUAUCAAGAGAUAAACCGUGUGAUGCAGAAAUUGCGAAGUCUUACUUCACCGAUCAUACAUUGGUAUCCCGGGAAAAUCCUUGAUGAUCUUCCAGGUCUGAUGGAGUACGUUAUUUACCUGAAUCUUACGUCUUAUCAGGAAGAGCUACACUCUCAUUUGCAGGGCAGAAAAGGUCUUGAGGAGAAAAUCAGGCUAACAGAGAUUUGCAUCCACCCUGCCUUACUGAAAACGGCAGGCAGCACGGUGGCUACUUCAGCUUCUCCAGAUCAAGUGGUAGAGUGUGCGGACCCAAACAAAGGAGUUAAAACAGCUUUCCUCAUCUACCUCCUGCAGUUGUGCAGUAAUUCAGGUGAGAGAUUGCUCAUAUUCUGUCAAACUCUGGCUCCACUUGCUCUCAUAAGGACCAUGCUUACCGGCGUAUUCGGAUGGGAAAAGGAUGUGGAUUUCUUGUCCCUGGAUGGCACAAUGCCAUCGGAUGAGAGGCAACGCGUUAUCGAGCAGUUCAAUACUGAAGGGAACACAGUCAAAGCUAUGUUAGCGUCGAUUACAGCUUGUAAAGAGGGCAUCUCUCUGGUAGGAGCUUCACGAGUCGUGAUUCUUGAUGUGCUCUGGAAUCCUUCUGUCGUCAGACAAGCUGUUGGUCGAGCAUUCAGAAUAGGUCAGAAGCGCAAAGUCUUCGUGUACAGAUUGGUGGCUGCAGACACGCAGGAGGAGACCAUGCUUCAGGCGGCUGUUCAGAAGGAUUGGUUUUCAAGAGUUCUCAUGGACCAAACCUUUGACAUAGCGGAAGGGGGUUACGGUGCUGAUAAGAUCUUACGCAUAGAUCGACACAUUGGAGACAGAGUGCUCGAACAAAUGCUACAGGAGGACAAGUUCAGAAGAAUCAAUCGAGUACGUCGAUAUAACACAAGGUUGUUUUGAAGGUUCGAUCAGAUAAGCUGGAAAGUAAUCAGAUUCUAGGUUUAAGACAGAUCAAUAGGAUAGGACACAGUUGCAUUGACUGAUGAAAAUGAUCGGAGCUGACCAGAAUGCACACAUGGCUUGGAAGCUAGACAUACCUUGGAUCAAUAAGUAGAGAUUGUCUCAGAGUCAGAAGCAGCAAGUAGAGUUAGAAUUAUAACUUAUUGACAUGAGUGCUGACAUCCCAUACAGGGAUAAGAAGAUUAAUUAUUUUCUAUUUUCGUAUUUUAUCCGUAAGACAUAUGCUCUUGAAAUACUCCAGGAAGGUUGUUUCUAUAGUGGAGAGGAAGCGAAAAUCCAUCAUUUACUGAACAAUGGAAUUAAUAUUCCCCAGAAGUAUCCCAAACAAUUCACCCGUAUACAUUUCACAGUCAGAAGGGCGUUUGUGGUCUUAGUGUCUGUAGUCACCACAGCAGCUAUUCAAACCUGGAUUUGUAGGUUGAAGGAUUUCUGACUGCACGAAAUGUUCUAUGGAUUCGCUGAAAGUGUAAAAGCUCGCUUCACACUUCAAUCCUAUUCGCUUUAUA